CUCAGUACGGUUCCUCUAGAUUCUAGGGUUUCUCUCAAUUUUUUCACACAGGAGCGGGGCCGCUCCUUAAUUUUCCCUUAAUUCUUUCCUUUUUAUGUUGUCUUCACUUAAUUUUCCCUCCUUCCAAGCAGAUCUUCAUUUAAAUUCCCUCAUAAUAACGUACUGGAUGCCCAUCUUUUCGAAAAAGGCCCCAAAUUUGUAUUCUCUUAUUACUAGAAUUUCAUUAACUGACUAAACGUUGCUAAUGAAUUCUGUUGAAACCGCCCAAAAUGCUCCUGAAACUCCCCGAAAACCUAAACUUUUGCUUGAAGCCAACCAAAACAACGAUAAUAACGGCAGUACUGACGACGUCGAGUCAGUUGUUGAUGUAUCGGGAAAAAUCGUGGAGUUUCCGUUACUUGAAACUGACGGUGACGAGAAACCCGAUAAUUCGGUGGAGGGGUUUUAUUUGUACAAGAAUGUGUUUAAUUUGAUUCCGAAAUCGGUGGGCAGGUUUGGAAAGUUAAAAAAUUUGAAGUUUUUCGGGAAUGAGAUUAAUUUAUUUCCGGACGAGGUUGGGAACUUGGUAGGGUUAGAAUGCUUACAGGUGAAGAUAUCGUCACCGGGAUUUAAUGGAUUAGCUUUGAAUAAGCUACAGGGCUUGAAGGAGCUUGAAUUAAGUAAAGUUCCUCCGCGGCCAUCGGUUUUGACUUUGUUGAGUGAAAUUGCUGGGCUUAAGUGCUUGACCAAGCUCUCUGUUUGUCACUUCUCUAUAAGAUUCCUUCCUCCAGAAAUUGGAUGCUUAAACAGUUUGGAGCACUUAGACCUUUCUUUCAAUAAGAUGAAAUAUUUGCCAACUGAAAUAAGUUACUUGAAGGCCUUGGUAUCUUUGAAGAUUGCUAAUAAUAAAUUGCUGGAAUUACCUUCUGGUUUAUCCUCAUUGCAAAGUUUGGAGAACUUGGACCUUUCAAAUAAUAGGCUGACGUCGUUGGGGUCUCUGGAUCUUGGCUCAAUGCAUAACCUUCAGAAUUUGAACCUUCAGUACAAUAAGCUUCUAAGUUAUUGUCAAGUACCUGCAUGGAUAUGCUGUAAUUUGGAAGGGAAUGGAAAAGACUCAUCGAAUGAUGAUUUCAUCAGUUCUUCAGUAGAGAUGGAUGUUUAUGAAACUGUCAUUCAGGAGAUUGAUGGAAAUGUUUCUGACAAUGGCUCUAAUCAUCCGCCGUCAAGCAUAUUAGCUGUGUCUAACAAUAGAUGUUAUACACCUCAGAGGUCUAGUAAGCGGUGGAAGCGACAACAUUACUUGCAACAAAGAGCUCGACAAGAACGUCUAAACAACAGCAGGAAGUGGAAAGGUGAAGGACAUGCUCAAGCAUUGCAUGUGAAGGCAGGAGAAAAUUGUAAACCAGUCAUUUUAGACGUUUUUACCCCUGGAAGGACAGAAAGAGCAUUGGAAAUCAUAGGCCUGGAUGAUGAUGGCGACAAUAAGCAAUCACUUUCAGCAGAAGCUGAAAGUGAUUUCCUUCCAAAUGUUGAAAACAAUAAAAUUAGUUCCAGUAAGGGAUCAUGCGAAGAUAGUUGCUUAUGUGUUGAGCUUGAGCCUAUAGGUGAAGGCAGAGAAGAUGAAUGCUCUACCUCUGAUGUAACAUCUAUACAAAAUGAAGCUGCUAAGCAGGAUGAAGUUUCAUCUUCAGAUAUAUCCAAAGCUGCUUCUACGAUAAAGAGGCAUUCUGAAAGGGAUCUCGAUAACCCCAAACCAUGCAAGUCUCGAAAAUCAAUUGAAGAUAGCUCCAAUAUAUCACAGAAAUAUAGCAACCUCUCAUUUUGCAGCAUUGAGGAUCAUCUACCAGAUGGUUUUUAUGAUGCAGGACGCGACCGGCCCUUUAAGUCGUUGAGGAGUUAUGAACAAACUUUGCAUCCUGAUUCGCGUGAAGUCAUUCUUGUGGACAGGAAAAGUGAUGAAGAGUUGGAUGCAAUUUUGCUCUCUGCUCAAACUUUUGUACAGCAUUUGAAGCAAAUGAAUGGUUUAGCCAAAGAUAGGGUUAUUGAACCUGUUGGUAACCUGCAGGUUGCUUCAUUACUUGCUCUUUUUGUAUCAGAUCAUUUUGGAGGGAGUGAUAGAAGUGAUAUUGUUGCAAGGACUCGCAGAAGUGUAUCUGGUUCAAAUUACCGGCAGCCUUUUGUUUGUACUUGCUCAACUGGACACAGUGACAGUAUUAGCCCAUCCUCCAGACAGGCUUUGGAUUCUGGAGAAGAUAUUGCUUUUGCUGAUCUCUGUGAAAAAUACUUGCGUUCUAUUAAGUCAAGGCGAAAUUCCAUCAUAGUUCCUUUAGGUACACUGCAGUUUGGUGUGUGUAGACACAGAGCAUUGCUUCUGAAGUAUCUUUGUGAUCGGGUUGAGCCACCUGUUCCUUGUGAGCUUGUUAGGGGUUACUUGGAUUUCCAACCACAUGCUUGGAAUACCAUCCUUGUCAAAAGGGGGGAUUCGUGGGUUCGGAUGGUGGUUGAUGCAUGUCAUCCACAUGAUAUAAGAGAAGAGACAGAUCCAGAAUAUUUUUGUAGGUACAUUCCUCUAUGUAGAACUACAGUUUCUCUUUCAACUGAAGGUGACCCCUGUCCCAGUCCUUGCUCAUUUCCUUCCUUGAGCACGUGUGAUGAAAUUGAAAAAGUAACUUCAAGUUCUCUUCGUCAAUGCAAAUUCGGAUCGCUUGAUGCUGCAGCAAAGGUGCGUAACUUAGAGUUGGGUGGGAGUUCAAUUGAAGAUAUCAAGAAUUUCGAGUAUAGUUGUCUAGGAGAAGUUCGAAUAUUGGGUGCUUUGAAACAUUCCUGCAUAGUAGAAAUGUAUGGACAUCAGAUUUGUUCCAGGUGGCUCCCUUCAGUGGACGGAAAUCCUGAGCGUCGUGUAAUACAAUCUGCUAUUUUCAUGGAGUAUGUAAAAGGGGGAUCACUGAAGAAUUAUUUAGAGAAGCUAUCAAAAGCCGGUGAGAAGCAUGCACCAUUGGAGCUGGCAUUAUUUAUUGCUCAAGAUGUUGCAUCAGCAUUGGUGGAGCUUCAUUCAAAGCACAUUAUGCAUCGUGACAUAAAAAGUGAAAAUGUAUUGAUUGAUUUGGAUAGGAAGAAAGCUGAUGGAACUCCUGUUGUGAAACUCUGUGACUUCGACAGAGCUGUGCCUCUCCGCUCUUUUUUGCAUACGUGCUGUAUUGCUCAUAUGGGGAUACCUCCGACUGAUGUUUGUGUUGGAACACCACGCUGGAUGGCACCAGAGGUUCUGCAGGCAAUGCAUAAACGUAAUAGAUAUGGACUGGAAGUGGACAUAUGGUCAUAUGGGUGCAUUCUUUUUGAGUUGCUGACUCUGCAAGUUCCUUAUUUCGCAUCAUCUGAAUUAGAAAUACACGAUCUUCUUCAGAUGGGCAAGCGACCAAGGUUAACUGAAGAGCUGGAGUCUCUCGGAUCAGCUAAUGAACACACAAGGGCUGAGUUGGGUGCAGGGCUUGAGAAACCAGAUUCGGAAGUAGAUAUAUUGAGAUUUCUUGUUCAGUUGUUCCGCCAUUGUACUGAGGAAAAUCCAACAGACCGUCCUACAGCCAGAGACCUCUACGAAACAUUGAUUGCACGCACAAACAAAUUAAUAAGUUAAAGAAGUUAGGAACUAGUGUAGAUUUUCAAAUAGGUAAUAAUCCGCCCCAAUCCCAAAUUUUGGUACACCAUAAGAUGUCUUGCUAUAACUUAUAUAAAUUAUAAAAUUCUUUCCGGGAUCAAUUAUUUGGUUAACAUCUUCUGUAUGAGUAAAGUCGAGUAACAUUAAAUGUAACUCUUAUGUGUCUGUACUCUGACUGACAUCUGUAAAUUUUGUGGGUAGUUUUCUCUUGGUCUAGCUGUUAAUUGCUUAGGCAUCACACUGUAUUUGGUCCAACUUAUAAACUGACCUGAUUAAGCUAUUAAACCACUCCCAGUUUCUCUUCAAGAUUUCUGGGUUCCCUUUUGAUCCGACA